AUGGCGACCCCCUUGCGGGAAGGUUUGUUGUUGGAAGCCCUGCGUAAAAGGUCGUUCAGCUAUGUGGAUCUUGUUUCUGUACGCUGUGGCAUUAUAGUUGCUUCUUCAGUGUGUGGACAUGAUGUCUCUGUCAAGUUCUGGACGUAUCCGUCAACACGGGAGCUGUUAUCAGUGCUUCACGAGGGACAAUCUAGUGAGGGUGACUGCGGACAACUUUUGAGAAGGAACAGUGUGGUGGCCUUUGGCGCUAGACAUUCAUCUUUGUGCUACAUAUAUGUUGUGUUGUGUGUAAUCGACGUAGAAGUUCUAUGGCGGAAUGGAAAGAAAACACCAGCGCAGCAAUGGCGAUCCACAACGCUCACGGUUGAACAACGGGUGCUCAUGCCUUUACGCUUCUACACGACUGGGGCCCUUCUUGGUAACAUAGCUCACGUAGAGUACUUCGCCACGACCAAGGGACCGGUCUCGGAGUCGAUACAUGCCGUCAGCCUGGCUGUCAUAAAAAAUCUGGCCCCCAAGUGUCCUGCGCUUCCCGCAAACACCUGGGGAGAAGCUGGCCGUGAAACGUGGAUUCUACGAGAUUGCAGGGCUGCCUGGAUGUCUUCGUGCAGUGGAAGGCACAGCCGUUGCAAUCAUAGCGCCCACCAACAUGGAUUCACGUUUUACUGAUCGCAACUACUACUGCCACAAAGGAUACCAUGCACUGAACGUGCUAGGGGUAUGUAGUAGCAAUAUAUACUUUUUGAAAUGUAUUAUUGGUAUUAAUAAGUUUGCCAAGGGAAAGAAACAGUAACAUACUUUACUCUGCACACUCUAAGAAAAAAGGGUUUGUCCUUACACCUUUUUGGGGAGUAAACGCUUGUCACAUAUACAACUCCCUUUUGGGGUAUAGAGAUCCACCCCUCAAAAAAGGUGUGCCAUUACUCCCUAGACCUAGGGUACAGUAACUCCCUUUUGGGGUGUACGGAUACACCCCUAAAAAUGGCAUGCCAUUACUCUCCUGAAGUAGGGUGCAGUAACUCCCUAAAGGGGGUGUCUUAGUCACCAGGUUGG